AUGGUGAAUUCUUGCUGUGCUUUUAACUGUACAACAAGAGAUUGCAAAGAGACCAGAGAUGCAGGCAUUAAGUUUUACAGAAUUCCCCUGAAGGAGCCAAAAAGAUCACUAUGGCUAAAUGCUAUAAAAAGGAAGAACUUUGAGCCUAAGCAGCAUACAGUCAUCUGUAGUCAGCAUUUUGUUGGAGGUGUUAAAAGUGAUGAUCCGUUGUCUCCCUCUUAUGUGCCUAGCCUUUUUGCCUUUACUUCUAGCCCUUUAAAAAGGAAGGCUAGUCAUGAUAUGCAAAGAUACCAGGCCUUAAAAAAGAGGGAGCAGAGCAAAGGUACAGCUAUCAGUGUAGCCUCAAGUGAAAGCUCUGAACCAAUGAGCACUUCUGCCAAUACAGUGAGCAUUGCAACACAAACUGAUAUGACUGUAGCUAAAAUUGAAACUCAAGAAGCUGAAUUACAGUUAAGAGUGAAUGAAGUGGUUGAUCUAAAGAAAGCUAUACCGAAAGGAUAUCCAUCAAUAGAAGAUUUUGUGGCCAGUGAGAAACUGUUACGCCUUUAUACUGGGCUAAAUAGCUUCACAGUUUUAAUGGCUGUAUUCCAUUUAGUCAGUGGUGCCAUUGUUGGCAAUCCGUUAUCAAAGCUGGAUAAAUUUGCAUGCUUCACAAUGGUUUUAAUGAAGCUGAGGCUUAAUGCAAACAAUUCUGAUCUUGCUUUUAGGUUUGGUGUAAGUGAGUCCACUGUGUCAAGAGUCUUUUCUAAAUGGAUUAAAGUUAUGGAUGUACGACUUAAUUUUCUGAUUACUUGGCCAAAAAGGGAAUUAAUACAAAAGACAAUGCCUUUCAGUUUUAUUCCAACAUAUGGCUUAAAGGUCACUUCAAUAAUCGACUGCUUUGAGUUAUUCAUUGAAAAACCAUCAAAUCUCUUAGCAAAGUCAUGUACAUGGUCACAGUACAAGCACUACAACACUGCAAAAUAUCUUAUAAGUAUUACACCUCAAGGCAUUAUUAGUUUUAUUUCAAAUGGUUGGGGUGGUAGAGCUUCAGAUAAGUAUAUAGUAGAAAACUCUGGCUAUUUGAAGCAUAUAACACCAGGCAAUUUUGUUCUAGCCGACCGUGGAUUUGAUGUUGCUGACUCGCUUGCACUAUUUGGAGCAAUACUAGCUAUACCUGCAUUUACGAGAGGAAAAAAUCAACUAGCAGCAGCUGAUGUAGAAAGUACAAGAAGACUGGCCAAUGUUAGAAUUCAUGUAGAGAGGAUUAUUGGUUCUGUUCGUCAGCGGUUUCAAAUCCUUUCGGCAACGGGAGUAUUACCAAAAGAAAUGGUAUCUCACCAUAAAGAUGAUGAUGAUGAUUAUGUUAUAUUAGACUCCAUAGUUAAAGUAUGCUGUUGCUUAAACAAUGUUGCUGAAGGUGUAGUUCCUUUUGUUUAA